UGGGGGAGGGGGCUCCGGUCUGUUCUCGCGAGAGCACAGCGAGCGAGAUCACACUUCCCGCGCUCUCUGCAGGAAACUCUUGGGCUCUGGCGGAUGUUCCCGUGUUGUCAGCCGCAGCAGCAGUAUAGCCAGCGGGGGCGGCCUGUCAUGACCAAUAUCCCCUAAUAUGUCAAUAAAGCAAGGACUCUGAAGACCACAACAUGAUGCAUUUUCAAGAUCUUUAUGCUUCCCCUGCUAAAAGUGAUGCCAGUUCAGUUGAUAUAUAUGAUGGCUUGGACACAGAUACUUUAACAGUUGAAUUUAGUAAACCAUCUAGUCCAUCAAGAGACUGCUUGGAUCUUUAUGAGGAAAUUAUAACCGAGGAAGGGACUGCUAAAGAAGCUUCAUUAAAUGAUUUGAGUGCAGAAUAUGAGAAGAGCCAGAGACAAUUGAAACAACUUAUUAGCAAGCUGAAGGAAAUGCAGUCUAUGAAUACCAGCUUGCAAAAUGAAAAUCAGUGUUUAAAAAAGAAUAUUUCUGCUCUUAUAAAAACUGCAAGGGUAGAAAUUACACGUAAAGAAGAAGAGAUCAACAGAUUGAAUCAGAGAUUGUUUACUCCUGGAAAUACUCGCAAUGUUAAGUCUGUCCCAGUGCUGUUACAGAGUGUGAAUAAAACAAAAUUAAAAGAAGAUACAGCCUCGAAGAUUACGAGAGAUGAGGACUGUAUAAGAAAGGAAGUAGAUUCGUCUAAAGACGUAUCAUUAAACUUAACUCCAAUAAAUAAUUCAGAAAAGGUGAAGGCUUGUGUGGAAAACACUUCUUCAUUGUCUACAGCAAUAACCCAGUAUGUUAAGCAGUGCAAGGAAAGUGCUCCAUGUCCUUUACAAAAGCAGAGUUUUGCACUGAAUACAGAAACAGAUAAGAAAAAUAGAAAAGAAAUGGAUUCUGUGGGCCAGAUUAAAGAUUCAGAACAAAGGCAGAGAAAGGAAGGGCAUAGGUCUAGCAUAAGCAGUUCAACAAGUGAAAAUUCUGUAGUAAAAGAAAAGACGAGGCCAAUUUCAAAAUGUGGUAAAAGAGAAGGCUAUCAGAGUAAAAAUUCAAAGUUGGAUGUCUGGUCUGAUACAGAAAGUCGUAAAACCAAUUCAAGUUCUCAUGAUAAAUCGAGUGCAACAAAAGACAAAGUGGAGCUGAGAGAACCACUUCAUUCAAAAGAAAAACCUAUAACAGUAUAUGAAAAAUCAUCAUCCAGUAAAGAUGCAAAAGUGCAUGGAAGAGAAACAAACCUAGAACACAGACGCCGGGCAGCUGAAAAGGAUAAUGAGCCACGAAGGUCAAAUAGAAAACAUUUUUCAAAUGUAGAGGAUGAGAGUUACCAAAAGGCCUUAUUUGAAAAGAAUGGUGGCAGAAGCAGCAACGAUGCUCGAAGGAGAGAAAAACUGGCUUCAGAGUACACUGAAGCCAAACGUGGAAACAAAGAUUCAAAAUCAAGCAAGACUGACCAUAACACAUCCUCAACAAACGGUAAACAUAACCAUGAGAAAAAAAGUGACAAAUCUGACUUAAAAAGAAGAGGACAUGAAAAUAAAAGAUCUAGAGAGGAGCACAAUAGAAAUAAACAUGACCAGAAGCAUAGAGGACUCCAGAAGGGAGAUACGGAGGUUUGUGAGUCUUCAAGUAAAGAUCAAUGCGAAGAACAGUUUCAUAAAACGGAUAUGCACUCAAUGAACUGUGAAAAAGAUUUACUUGGCCAGAAAGAAGACCACUUUCAGAAAGACUUGAAGUUGUCAUUUAUGGAGACUCUUAGUCUGACCCUUUCUCCUGCUAAAAAGAAAUCUGACACAGACCCAACGACCUCCACUGUCUCCAACAUAGAAUGUGGUGUCGUAGAGGAAGACUUAACUACAGACUUAUCUUUUCAAGUGUGUGUGAGCAUUGAGAACAUUACAAAUGCUCAAAAAACUUUAAAUAGCCCUAAACAGAUGGAUUCUAAGCACCAAGAACGAGUGUCAUGGGAGUUGCCAACCAAAACUGUGACUUUAGAUGAUACUAAAUUAGUAUGUCUAUCUGAACCAGUUGCAGAUAAUAUGGAGUGUCUGCAGGAAGAACCACCAACUUCUACACAUGAUGAUAACAUUGCAGCACUGGCUAACAUGACACUAGAAGAUAGCCACGUUGUCGCCACUGAACUGGAUGCAGUGAGCUCUGAAGAAAUGGUCAGUGUGGUAGAUGGAUCCGUUUUUAUUGAUCUUGAAUCCUUUAUAGAAAUUGACAAGUGUAGUGGUAGUGAAAGUCCGAAUUCAGAAAAUCUUAAUGUUUCUCUGCCCACUGAACACGCCCAAGAAGGUGGCGCCUUAGAUCAAGCUUGUGAAGAUGUUGACAAGACAAGCAACUUGAAACCAAAUAUAACCGAAACCACAAAAGGUAUAUUUGAAUCACCAAAUACUGAUGUUGUAAAUUUAAGCACAAAAGGAGUUGAUUGUAAUCUGUGUUUCCAUGAUGAAGGCUCUGUUAUGAGUAUUGACUUAAAUUUCGUAAAACUUAUACCAAAUGUCAUCAGCCCACUGAAAAGCCCAGUCCAGUCUUUAGUGCAUCAACAAACGACUGAACACACAGCCAAAGCUUCAGUAGUGAGCAUUUUAUUUAAAGAUCAGCCAUCAGAUGUGCAUACAACCAAUCCCGGUCUAUCAUUGUCCAUGGAAUUAAAUAAGGAAAAUUGUGAGCCAGUUAAAACAAACUUGUGCUCUGAAUUUCCUAUAGAGAUUUCUUCUGAUGAAGUGGAAGAAGGGGAGAUUGUGAGUGAAGAAGAAGUGGUGAUUGGCGAACAAGCACUUCAGUCCAUAAGUAGUACUAGUCAAACAAACCUUGGUAAAGAGUCAACUGUAAGCAAGAUAACAUCAAGUUUGGUGAGCGAGUUAAUAUCCUUAUCCAACGCAAAAACCCCAAAGCAUCUGGUUUCCAAAAUGAAGAAAAAAGAAAAAAACUUGUCUCAAACAAAGUCCUCACCAGUGCCAACUGCUAAACGAAUAAAGCCAACUGCAGACUCUUGCCUUGAAGGGGUUUUGAAGAUCAUUCCACCAUCAAGUAUACAAGAUGUAUUGCAGAUGCUGCGAAUUAUUAGAAAGCAUAUAAGAAAAAAAUAUAUGAAAUUUAAAAUACAGUUUCCAGUUACCCAGUUCCAUCGGAUAAUUGAAGCUGCAACGUUAUGUUUUAUAACUCUGGUGAGCAACCUGGAUUGGUCCAAUUUAUGUUCCUCUCCACAGCGAUUGCAAAACAAACUUUGUAAGCACAUUGAGUACAAGCUGAAACAGAUGAAAAAGAAUGGGAUUGUAGAUCGGAUUUUUGAUCAACGUCUCAUAGAUAUGAAGAAAAGACUAUGGAAAUUUGUAGAAGAACAGCUUGAUUCUUUGUUUGAUACCAUUAAGGAUAUACUUUUAAAACGUUGUGACAUGGGCAAAAUAGAAAAUGAUCGUGAUGAGCAAAAAAACAAAACUGCAUCUUGUGCAAGAACCCAAAAAUCUGAUCAUAUAAAAAAUUCUAAAAAAAGCAGCAAUUUGAAGACGAAAGCUUGCUUGGCACAGUCUGUAUCUGUGCCAUGUCUUAGACAACUGGAAUUUUGUAGUCGCACAAAUGUUUCAAAUACUAAACUACAAAGUGCUGAUGACACCAGUGUUGGAAAUAAACUUUUGAAAGAUUCAGUAAGGGUUGGUUGUCUAUCUGAGCAUGGUAAUACAGUUUUUAAUAACAUCAGUCCACCGUCCAAGUAUUCCCCCCAUUCUACUGGCAAGACUGUACUUUCUAAUGGACUUCAGAAAGGCCAACAAAAUUCCACAGGUUUAUCCUUUAACUUGGUCAGUGAUGACCAUAUGGGUGACAUUUUUAAAAGUUUGCUGCAUGAUCCUAACCAAUUAGAGAUUAACGCCCUGCAGGAAAACCUGUGGCUUUAUGGUACUCCAGAAAAACAAUGUUCAUCAAAUCAGAAAUAUGAAAGUGUAGAUUCCAUGGUUGAGAAUAAAACUCCAACAAAGGCACAUUUUUCUUGGUCUUCCAUUUCUCCUCCACAUAUCAAUACAUUACCAAGGCUUGAGACUGUACUUAACCCAGAUGUUUUUGAUGAAAGUUGUUUGCUAGAGAUCCCUACCAGUAAGUGCCUAACCAGCACGGAGGAAAGGCUGAGCUCAUACUCUUCAGUUCUACUAGAAGAUCUUGCAGUGUCUCUAACUGUUCCUUCCCCCUUGAAAUCUGAUUCUCAUCUCAGUUUUCUUAGACCAGUUUGUGAUGGUGAAUCUUUAUCAGAUGUUAAUGCACAUUGCAAUGAAGAUGCUCUUCUUGAAGAAGAGGAUGCCAUUGAGCAAGACAUACAUCUAACUUUAGAUUCUGACAACUCAUGCACCGAUUCCUUGGAUAAUGUAGGUGAACCUGGUAGCUUCCAUUGCCAUCCCAGUGAACCAAUGCAAGCAGUUAUCAUGGAGAAAUCUAAUGACCACUUCAUUGUUAAAAUAAGACGUGCUGUGUCUUCUAGCUCCCCAUUAUCUGAUUCCUCAUCUGUUGAUGAGACUGAUAAUACUUCCUCAAGACAAUUGGAAACUGUAGAAUGCAGUGCUUUUAGUGAAAGUGCACAAAGGGAUGUUGAAGAAAUGGAAGCCUUGGCAGAUGCAAAGACCAAAGCACAUAGCGAUUCUGUAGUACCCUGUACUGUUGACUCCAGUUUAUCAGACAUUGAAAAGAGUGUGGAAACAUCUACAUGUCCACAGCCAGAUAGCAAAAGUCCAUCUGAAGCCAUGGAAUCUGUAUUUAAAACGCCUGAAAAAAGAAGCCAGAAUUCUACAUGCACUUUAGAAACAACAAAUGAAAUUGAAGUAACUGAUGCAACUUCUGCAGAAAACGGUCCAACAGAUAGUGACAAGAGCUAUAGAGAAAAGACAAUUAGCCUUCCAGUUAUCUGUCCAGGUGGAUUACCUUUAAAUCCCAAUUCUGACUGUAUGGAUUUUAGUUUAGCCCAAAAGAAAAGGAAAGGGUCUAAUGAGAAACAUUCAUCAAAACGGGCAAAACUUUCUUCUUCUUAUGAUACUAAAGCUAAAAGUAAAUCUCCCAGGCAAAGUAAGCCUGAAGAAGGAAGCGAUCUCUUGGUCACGGAGAAGUCCCACAGAAAACACAAACAAGCAGUCCGUGAUGGCACUAUAAACUCCGAGCACUCACCAAGUAGUAUGCCUGCAAAGAAUGUCGUUAAAAAGAAAGGAGAAGUGGUUGUUUCUUGGACAAGAGAUGAAGACCGUGCAAUCCUCUUGGAGUGUCAAAAGCUUGGCCCAAAGGAAAAGACAUUUUUUGCCUUAUCAUCGAAGAUGAAUAAAUAUCCACAUCAGGUGGAAGAGCGGUUCCGUCAGUUAAUGAAGUUGUUCAAGAAGAGCAGAAACUGCAGCAGCUGAGAUUCCCUGUUUGUAGACACCAUUCCUACUUCCUGGGCAAAGAUGCAGGUGUUUGCUGAACUGUGACCGUCUGCUCUGCAUCACUAGCUCUGGUGUUUUACAUGGACUCUGACUCAUCUCUUCUCCGCUUUUAUAGUGGAUCUUGUUUGCCUUUUCAGACCUCCUCAUCAUUUUUCAGCUUUGUCGGUCUCUUAAUGUAUUUAAAUUAAAUAUUAGCUUUAACUUGUUUCUUAACUGUUGCUUCCUGGAUUCACCGAAGUAGUAAUUAUAGUUAUUAUUGUGCCUUCUAGUUAAGAGAUCUGGCUUUGUAACAGAUACAGGAGUCUAAACUAGAAUUCUCUUGUGUGUGGCGUUUGCAGCACUUCAUCAUACUUUGAAUACAUUUGUUGUCAUGAAGCUCCUUUGGUGGACCAUUGUUGAGAUAGAUUAAGUAAAAUUGCAAUUACCCAGCAGCUCAUUAUUAAUGAAAAUAUUUGCACUUGAUGUAUACAAGGUUAUUCCUGUUGGAAAGAACUAGAAAAAAAAGCUGUCUGCUGCGGUAGAACUACUUUCCAAUACACGUUUGUCUCAGAGCCUUUUCAGGACACUGGCUGGAAAUGUUUCUGUGGUAGAGAAUAUGCAGGGUAUCUUGGUGGUGGUUUCAUCUUUCUAUGCUCCUAACCUGUUGAAAAUAGUAUUAAGAGCAUUGAAGCCCUCAAAUAUGUACUGUACCAUUUUUUUCUGAUUUAAUAUAUACCAAGUCUGUCUUUCUACCAGUGAGUCCUAACUCUGGCGUUACAGUUCACACAAUCCAGUAGUUGCUGUAAGAUGCUUAUUGUCAGUAAAUAAAUCUGUGUGAUAACGAAUGUAUGCCAUAAGGUUUUUGUACAAUUGCACUUGGCUAGUAUGAUUUAGGAUAUCCAGUUAGUCCAUUCACAGCUAUUGUGCAUGUUCUAGUUGUGGAGCAUAUAAUGUGAAUUUGCAGGAUCCACCCAGCUAAAGCAUCAUAAUGCAAUUAUCCAUUUGGAUUACAAACAGUAGAAUAUACCUGGAUAAGAGAGUGCAUCACUUGAGUACAUGCGAUCACGUGACUCCCACUCUCUUUUCUGCUUACAAGCAUCAUAGCUGAUCACAUCACAUUACAUGUAAAUUAGCUGGGGCUAUCCUUCCCUUUCUAACUGCUCUCUUUCUCUGUAAACAAGGUGGUAACCAUAGGUGCAACAUAUUAAAUGUGAGGAUGGGUUAUUUACAUACAGAAUGUUUACUGAUAAUAAGCUUAUUUAUUUGGAUUCAUGUUUAAGGCUUUUGAAUGAUGGCUAACAAGUCUAUGGGGAACAUUUACUAAGCAGUGAUAAGAGCGGAGAAGUGAGCCAGUGGAGAAAUUUCCCCAUCAACCAAUCAGCAGCUCUGUAUUGUUUUAUAGUAUGCAAAUUAUAGAUGUUACUUCAGUGCUGAUUGGUUGCCAUGGGCAACUUCUCCACUGGCUCACUUCUCCGCUCUUAUCACUGCUUAGUAAAUGUACCCCUAUAUCAUAUAUCAAAGUGAUGGAAGACAUUUGGUCAGGCAUUGGUUUCAAUAGUUUACCCUUUCUGAUUUUUGAGAGGAUAAGGGACCGUUGUCCUACGACAUUAGGACCAUACAGCAAACUGUUAGAAUUAAAUAAUACAAUACCACCAUACACAUGCACAUAAUUAGAUGAGAAUUUUUUUUCAAAAUGUCUAUGCUGUAAACAUCUGCAUCCAUCUCUAUGCACCAAUGUGCUCCUUUAUAAGAAAGUGUAAAUUUUGCAUCUUUCUUGCGGACUCUGCUUUUUCAUCAUACGAAACAUUAGGUAAAUAAUAGUAUUUCUAAAUGAGGGCAGCUGCUGUUAUGCUCUAUAGCUGCAUCAAGUCUGUGUUCUCUGUCCUCACUCGUAAUACUAGGUUUUCAGAUUUUCCUAAUUUACUCCAGUCUUCACUUGAAUUUCUACUGUUAUAUAAAUGUGAAUUUCACUUGUAAAGUUAGUUUGUUAUUGUAAAUAAAUGUACAGAUUAUUGGUAUAUGUUCCUAUAAACACUUUUUUGUAUGUAUAUGGCAAUGAAAGAUGGAUUUUUUUAUAUAGCUGUACAGACUGAAGCAGUUUAUUUGUAUAAACCUGUUUGCACAUAUCAGAUGCAUUGUAAAAAUACAUGUAAAGUUGUUGGAGCUUUUCUGAAA